UUCAUCCCCUCUGCGGCAGACUUUCAGUCCGCUGACAUCGGCAAGAUGCCACGAAAGAUUGAAGAAAUCAAAGAUUUCCUGCUGACAGCCAGGAGGAAGGAUGCCAAGUCUGUAAAAAUCAAGAAGAACAAGGACAAUGUCAAAUUCAAGGUGCGUUGCAGCAGGUACCUGUACACCCUCGUCAUCACAGACAAGGAAAAGGCCGAGAAGCUGAAGCAGUCCCUUCCUCCAGGUCUGGCUGUGAAGGAGCUGAAGUAGGACCUUUAUGUACAGAUAAAUUGUAAUAAAAAUUUGAAAAAUUG